AGAGCUCUGACGCGCUGCGGUCACGGAGCCAAGCGUCCUGGAGGCCUCGCCGGGGUCGGGGUGCCGCUGCCAUGGACAUCCCGCCCCUAGCCGGCAGGACUGUGGCAAUGUCAUUCUGCGCCCUGCCAGUGUCCUACCUACUCAAUCAAGUUUCGGCGUUCUCACAGCCCCUGUUUGUGGUGCUGACGAGUGCUCUGAUACUGGGUCUGCUCUUCCUGGCAGUCUAUAGCCUAUCUCAUGGGGAGAUCACCUACGACCCUCUCUAUGCUGUCUUUGUGAUCUUCUCCUUCACCUCGGUGGUGGACCUUGUCAUUGCACUCCAAGAAGAUGGCUACAUGAUGGGCUUCAUGGAUUUCUACACCAAGGAGGGUGAGCCCUACCUACGCACAGCACAUGGCAUCUUCAUCUGCUACUGGGAUGGUACUGUGCACUACCUGCUCUAUCUGACAAUGGCUGGUGCCAUCCGCAAAAGGAAAAGGUACCGGAACCUUGGGCUCUACUGGCUGGGAUCCUUCGCCAUGAGCAUCCUGGUGUUUCUCCCGGGAAACAUCCUUGGUAAAUACAGUUCAGAGAUGAGGCCUACCUUCUUCCUCGCCAUCCUGUACAUGCUGGUCCCAUGCUGGGCCGGUGUGAGGAUCUUCAACCAGUCCCGGGCACCAACCUCCUAUACCCCUGACAUGGUACAGGAAGAACAGAAGAAAAGUCUCUUCCAGCGUCCGGCUGACCUGGCACUCAUAGUAUACCUCAUCUUUGCAGCGCUCUUCACUGUCUUCCGGGGUCUGGUGGUACUUGACUGCCCCACAGAUGCCUGCUUCAUCUAUAUUUACCAAUAUGAGCCAUACCUUCGGGACCCUGUGGCCUACCCAAAGUUGCAGAUGCUGAUGUAUUUGUUCUAUGCUCUACCAUUCUACUGCCUGGCUGCCUACGCCCUUGCCUUCCCUGGCUGCUCCUGGCUGCCGGACUGGGCCUUGGUAUUUGCUGGAGCCAUUGGCCAGGCGCAGUUCUCACACAUGGGUGCCUCCAUGCACAUGCGCACACCCUUCACCUACCGCGUGCCAGAGGACACCUGGGCUACCUUCUUUCUGAGCAACCUGCUAUUGGCACUGGGUCCCCACCUGCUGGCUUUCCGCUGCCUGUGGCGGCCCGCCUUCUUCUUGCAUGCAGCGCUGCCAUCUUCGCCACAGGACCAAGACAAGAAGCAGCAGUGAGCAUGCGCAUCUCUCUGCUAAGUCAUCUACCCGUGCAGCCAUCAUUGGCCUUCGAGGGUGGGUUAGCCACACGGACAUUCGGAGAAACUGCAAUCCAGGCCAGAAAGGAGCAUAGGUGUUCUUGCUGCGUCACUGUACCUCAAAAGUCACCCAGACUCUAAUGCCCCCUCCUGGAAUCUAGCCAUCACCUCUUCCCAUACAUUUAAUAAAACCUUCUGAUGUCUAGAACAUCACCACC